UGCCAGACCUUUGCUCCCUUUUUAUUGCAACGCAUUGUUUAUUAUACCUAUAAUUCGCAAAACACUGAUGGGAUAUUCCAUCGAAGAAGGCUCCAAUAGUAAUGAAGAUGCCCAGGUGUUACCAAAUGGGUCUGCAAGUAUUUCACCUAGUGAUAUAUAAACUGCUAACCGAGAUAUUCAGAUACACAAUAAUUAUGUAAUACCGCAUACAACCAGAAAAGUAUACAAGUGAAAGUAACCCAAGAAACAAACCCAAUAGUGCAAGAGCGGUUCAGUAAGAUGUUUCUCACCACCCUAUUAGUUUGUUUUUUCUCCGACAUCGCCUUCGGUGAUUAUUAUAAAGUUCAACCCGAUUUCGUUAAAACAUGUGUGAAGGACGACCCAGGAUUCAUCAAUUGUUCCACUCAUGCUGUACAAAUCUUAUUCAACAAAAUUCCGGAAGGUCUACCAGAAAUCGGAUUACCCCCAUUGGAUCCCUUACAUUUGGAUGAAAUCAAAAUUUUGCAGGGUGGUGGAGGACCUGUUACUGUAAAUGCCUCUCUCACUAAUGUAACAGUAAGGGGAUUCGGUAAAACAAAAAUUCUCUACAAUAGUGUUGAUCCAAAGACAUACGAUUUUUUGACCAAAUUACAUUUGGACAAAUUGAGGAUGGAAGGUGACUACAGAUUGCUCGGACGUAUUCUUGUUAUCCCCUUGAGAGGCAAAGGCAACUGCUGGUUUGAUGCCAAAAACAUUUCAAUUGAAGCCAAGAGCGAUGUGACAUUGAUAAAAAAGCACGGUUUCACUUUCUACAACAUCACAGCAAUCCAUGUUAAAUUUGACAUUGGAGGCUUGAAAUUCCACAUGGGAAAUCUAUUUGAUGGCAUUAAAGCCUUAGAGGAAUCAACUAACGCUUAUUUGAACGCCAACUGGAGGCCAGUUGCAGACUCUUUAAAUCCAAUUCUGACCAAGACUGUCGAAGAUAUCAUGAUAGGAAUACUGAAGACUGUUUUCGAUAAUCUACCAGCUGACUUUUUCUUGGCAGAUAUUGGAGAAGAUUUAGAUAGCAAUUUAUCGUAGUUUUCAAUCAAAUCGCAAUACCAAAAACUGAAACUAUUCAGAUGUAUUGAGUCAGCUUUUUGAUGGAGCAUUUCUGGGUUAUUUCAGUAGUAGACACUUAAAUUUAACUCACGGUAUUUUGUUUGGAUCUCAUGCAUAAUUAGACUUGCAUGCCGGUGUUAUUAUCUUUCGUUUUGAAUUUCAGUGGAUUGCUACUUUGAAGAUAUAGAAAUGUUAUAAAUUAGUAUGUUCGAAAUUCGAAUAGCAAAAACUUUUGAAUCCCAAAAUUCCGCCCCGAAAUAAGCAAAUUGUAGAUAUUGUAUAUAUACCCAAAGAAUGCAGUUAUCGAAUUCAGUUCUAAUAAAAAUUAGUACAAAAAAGUAUUAGAUACCCAUAUUUCACUUCUGAACUGUAGUACUAUGUACAAUUCGGAAUACAUUUUUUUUAAUAAUAUUGGAAGUGACAGUAGUUUCACAUAUUCAUUUGUUGAAUUUUAAAUUGUAAGUUAUUUUGUAGAAAUUUUAGAUCAGACUGUUUGAAACAAUAAAGUACUUAGUGUAAGUAA